GCGGAAAGAGCAGUGGACGCCCCCUAGCGCCUGCUUCGUGAACUGGCUGAACUGAUUCAGGAGCCCUAUCUUCCCCUUAUCUUGCAGCACAGGCAGUCCAGUCAGUGCCUGGUAGCGAUUUAGACGAGGGCGUAUGGACUUGAGGCAGCAGUGAAUGCAUUUCCCUCAGACUGUGGUCGCACUUUUCUCCUCGCGUACGGAUUACCACUGAGUUCACAAAUUGCCUAAACGCAGCAUCGCAUUUUUGUCCGCUGCAUUUCUCCAUCUGAAGGCCUGUCACAGAGUAAAGUGGCUCGGUGUGCGUGUGUUUAGACAGCGGAGCGAGAGCAGCAGUGUGUCCCCGAUGGCUGGCUGGAAGGACGGCUCAGUGCAGGAGAAAUAUCGCCUGGUGGUCGUCGGAGGUGGUGGCGUCGGAAAAUCAGCAUUAACCAUUCAGUUCAUCCAGUCAUACUUCGUCACUGACUAUGACCCUACGAUUGAAGACUCCUACACAAAACAGUGUGUGAUUGACGAGAGGCCUGCACGGCUGGACAUCCUGGAUACAGCAGGACAGGAAGAGUUUGGAGCCAUGAGAGAACAAUACAUGAGGACAGGGGAGGGCUUCCUUCUCGUCUUCUCUGUCACUGAAAGGUAAAGCUUUGAAGAGAUCUACAAGUUUCAACGACAGAUCUUGAGAGUGAAGGACCGGGAUGAAUUUCCCAUGAUUCUAGUGGGUAACAAAGCUGAUCUUGAGCAACAGAGACAAGUGACCCAGGAGGAGGGCCAGCAGCUCGCCCGACAACUCAAAGUCACAUACAUGGAGGCCUCAGCUAAGAUCCGUAUGAAUGUAGACCAGGCUUUCCACGAGCUGGUCCGAGUUAUAAGGAAGUUCCAGGAGCAAGAGUGCCCACCCUCGCCGGAGCCCACGCGCAAAGAGAAGGAUAAGAGCGGCUGCCAUUGUGUGAUUGUCUAAUUGGCUUCUCACUGCCACCACUCUUCCAGCUGCUGUCACCGGUCCCUGCCCCCAACCCUGCCUUCUGACAUCACAUCCUGUGCGGAUGAACUCGCUGCCUUUCUACAUGUGCAUGUCCUUAAAACAGCAGUCUCUCUCAUAGCCUUAUCAGGGGCAUUUGUGCCUCUAGGACUUCACUACUAGAAGAACCAAACUGACGAAAUCUUGAUCAAUUUCACCAUUCUACCUUCAACUAGAGUACUGACAUCAGUGUGACCUAGAAUAUGGUAAUCGUGCCCCAACACUAAACUUCACUUCUUCACAAAUUUGCUAUAAAACACACACACACACACACACGAUACCUUUUUUGGUAUUUUGAAGAUUUUUUUUCUCUUGCCUUGUGACAUUUGUACUUUUGCUGAGAUCGAAAGACUAAACGAAACACCAUUGGGAUUGCAGACGACUUUUAGUUCCUGAUCUUUCACAAGAUCUGGAGUGAGAUUAUGUUCUGAAGCUUUGUGUGUGUCGUGCCAUAUCUGUUUUUACUUCCAUAUGCUAAGCAGCGAUUGUACAUAAGUGAAGAUUCAUGUGAGUUGAGACCACCUUUAUAAUGACAAAACUCAGUCGCAGAGUAUCGUGUGUGAGGUUGACAAGCUUGUUUUGACAUGGAUUAAAACAAUAAUGCACUCGCAGAUAUGUACAUAGAUAGCCUCUAACAUUAUGCCAGUUUUGUCAGCAGUGAAGUCAGUUUCCCAACUUCAAGAUGUCUUUUUUGUUUGUAUUGUAAAGCUUCUUGGCAUGUAUGGAUUUGAUUAUUUUAAAGGGAUAGUUCACCUAAAAAUGAAAAUUCAUUCACCCUCAUCUUUCCCAAACCAACACUUUUUGUAUGCGGAACACUUUUUUUUUUGUUUGUUGUCCAUACAAUGAACAGGGAGGGGUUUUUUUUAUUUAUUUUUAUUUUUUUCUUAUUUAUAUGGAUAUUUUCUGACCUGAACUGGAUGAAUGCAAGAGAAACAAUUUCUGAGUUUGUAAAAAAAAAAAAAAAAAAAAAAGUUUUUAGGUGUUCUUGUGGUUUUCUGCAAAAUUAACUUAAAGAAAUUAUGACAACCAUAAAUAUUGUUAAUUUUACUGUUAAUUAAAUCUAUUAUAGUUAUUAAAUACUUUUUCAGUUUUAUAUAGGUAAUAUAUGUCUUUAUUAAUUGUAUUGUUUAUCAUUUUAAUAAUUAACAAAAAAUAAUAUUUUAAAUCAUUAUUAUUGUUAUUAUUAUUAUAUAUUCAUACUUAAUUCUUCUUUUCUUCCUUCUUUUUUGUCCUUUGCUGAUCAUAUGUCGGAAUGAAAAUCAUUUGUUGUUUUAAGCCCCAUUGCUUUUCAUUAUUUGAACAAAACAUAUUUCAAAAUAUUUCAUUUUGUGUUUCACAGAAGAAAGUAAAUCAAGGACAAGAGAAUGUUCAUCUUUGGUUGAACUUUUCCUUUACAUUCUGUGAUUGUGAAAUGUAUUCUACAUGUAGCUGGAUUGUUCAAGCCUUCUUGACUCUCAGCUCAGAUUUCUACAGACUAUCUUCAGACUCAGGUUGCUCCAUUUACAGUGUUUUCACAAAGUUCAUUCAGUAGUGCACAAUAGGCUGUCUGUUCUCUACUAGGUACCCCACCGAGAUCGAUGACACAGAGAAUUAGUCUCUGAAAUAAUUGUCUUUUUUUCUGGCCUUGUAUUUCAAUUCACUUUUACACUGAUUUAGUUUUUUUAUUGGUUUGGAAAUGUAUUUAAGUGACUGAAACAGCACGAGGACUCCUUUUCAAGGGGACAAUUGAACUGCUGACAUCACAGGCAUCUUUUAAGCAUCUUUUCAUGAUAUACAUGAUAAAAUCAAGUUGUUGUUUUUUGGAUUUUUCAAAAGACAGAAUUCAUUCAUCAGACAUCCACAUUCCCUCAAGAGUUUAUUUUUUUAUAUGGUUUGACGUCACUGUGACAUUCACACUUAAAUCUGGUAUUUCUCAACUGACAGGUGAUAAUUUGCUUCCUGGCUUCAUACUAACUAUUGCAUCAUGUGAUUUUUAGUUUUUGUGUUUUAUCAUCAUGUAAUAUAAGAAAAAAGAUGGAAGUGAUCUUUUGAAUGGACAUGAUUAAAUGUUUUUACUAUAUACUUUUAUACAUUAUUUUCUUAUCAGACUAGUUAAUGAGUAUUUUUAUAUGUUUGUAAGUGAAAAUGCUCUCACGGCACAACUAUGUGUAUAUGUAAAGAGGAGUAUUUAAUUAUCUCGGUUUGUUUUAAACUAAAAAAAGGCCAAUGUAUGUUGAACUGUGGUCAUUUCCUGCUUUCGGUGGACUGAAGCCAUUAACCCAUUCAAACAGUUGUCCACCAGUUGUUACCAGUGAUCACUGGGCCAAAGCUUCAAGCUGAUGCCCUUUUGUGAUGGCUCAGGUUCAUAUCCCAACCUAAACCUAGUCCGUUAUACCAGAUAAUAGCAAAAUGGAACAAAACAAAAGCUAGUAAGAACAGAAGUGCAUGGCUCUUCUUCUUCCCAGAGUCUGUGUACAUCUAAUACACACUGUUUUAUUUGUCACAUCUUUCCCUCCCCUGUGUAGCCUCUGGUGCUAUAAUAAAAUCUAUGAUUUAUCUGUGA